AUGCCAGCCCGCAUAUCUAUCGCAAGGCUGGCAUCGACCAUCGCCUCGGGACAGGGAGCGGCCUGCAGGCCGCUUGCCGCGUUCGCAUUCACCCUCCCAUCCCCCGCAUCUUCGGCGCCCACCUCGAGCCGGUGCCGCUCCCACACGACCAGCAGCAGCCUGCCAACUCGAUUCCCUCCAGCAGCCUCAGUCCUGCGCUCGAGCGGGGCCGUCUUCUCCGCCAAGCAGAAGCACGUCGCAUCCUCCACGGGCAGUGGUGCUUCUGCGCGCCGCGGCCUGGCGACCCACUCGGACGAGCCGUUCAAGGCAAGCCACCACCCCGGUGGCAAGUCGCGCCCCGAGACGGUCGAAGAGACUCUCCGCCGUCUCGAGACUGAGGCGCGCAAACUCGGCGACGGGGGACGCGACCAUGCCGGCCCCUUCCCUCUGGGUGUUGGGCCUAGCGGGCGGAACAAGACAUGGAAGUCGUGGCGAGAACUUCGCUUCAGCGGAAAGCUGUGGCGUACGACUCAGCAGAUGGGUAAUUUGACCAUCAUCCUUGUCGGUGUUGGUCUCCUGGUCAUUUUGAGCAUCGCGCUGUCGACCGAGCUCUUUGCCAAGAACUCGCCUUCGGUACUGUACAGCCAGUGCAUCGACAUGAUCCGCGAUAGCGACGCCCUCAACGCUUACUUCCUCCCGCCUAUGAGCUUCACACACUCGCCCCACUCGUCCGCGCCCACGCGCGGCACUGCUCCCGUGGUGCACCGCGCUGUCCGCCACCCCUCGAGCGGCCGCGACCACCUCAUCCUCACAUUCUGGGUCCACGGCCGUGGCCGCGACGAGCCCGAACCCCUUGGCUGGGCGAAGCGGUGGUGGGCAGAGGGUGAGACGCAGUUGCGCAAGUUUGCCUCGUUUGUGGGCCUCGUCGAGCCCGUCGAGGACCCGACGGCGGCCGACGCUGCCGUCGCCGCGGCACACAAUGCCGUCGCCAACGCCGAGGCCGCUGCGGAGGAGCAAGGCCCGGGCUUCCUCGGCCGUCUCACGAGCGCAUUCGCGUUCCGCGGCCCAACGUCGGGUGUCUCCAUCAGGUCCGCCUCGCGCACCCCUCCACCACCGGGAACGUACAAGGUCGGCGAGGUGAGGGCCGACUAUGUCAAGAAUGCCGCGGGCCACUAUACGAUGCUGGCGCUCGUGGUGGACGUGCCCUCGAGCCGCGCACCGUACCCGGGCCGUGCGCUUGUGUUCUGGUCCCCCGAGGCGGACCGCGAGGGUCUGCUUGGUCGCAGGAGUGGUUAG